CUGUUUCCUUUCUUUCAUGACCUCUCUAUUCGUGUAGAAAGAAAGUAUUGCAAUGGCGCCCACUCCCUCCACGUCUCAGAUACGAGUCAGCCACAUUUUACUUUUUGUAUCGUUCUUUGCUGUACAAGUGGUAGCUUUCCUGAAUGCCACUGAAAGUGCAAAGCAGUUGGUUAGUUUCUAUUGAAUUUUCAAAUAUCAUGUAACUCAUUGUAGGUAGAUACUGGAAAAUGAUCGAUUACAUGCCGCAGUCAACAAAUCCACAGGUACCAUUUACCGUCUGUCACUCGAUGGUCAAGAUCUUCUGGGAACUCUUAAUUAUGUGACACCCGUCCCAGGAGGAGCAACUGGCUCUGGAAAUAGUGGUAUUGGUCCAUAUUUGGAUUGCUACUGUACCCCAUCAGGUUUCUACACCCCUGGGUCAAUUGCCCCGAAAUAUCAGCUUAUCCAUGGGAUUGAUUCCACCAACACUGCGUAUGGAGGUGUGGUAAUGAGUGAAGUUUAUCCUGCAACUGGGCAACUACUGGAGCAAUAUUGGUUCUUGAGGGAUGGAGAAACCGGAUUACAUACUUUCUCCAGACUGGCGUAUUAUAAUGAGACGACUCCCUUUCUGAGGAAUUUGCAGGAAUUUCGGACGCUGUUUCGUCCUAAUACACCGCUUUGGACGCAUUUGAUUACGAAUGAAGAACAAUAUGCUCCUUUGCCCUCGAAGGAGGCGGUCAGUAAACAGGUUACGGUUCAAGAUGCUACUUGGUAUCUUGGGAAUACGCCGGAUGACGAAUAUGUGAAGCAACAAUCAGGUGAGGACAUCCCUUGAAUUUCACCCUGAGCCCUGCUCUUACUCCUACUCCCUCAAUACACACGAAGAAUUCUACUGACUCUGUGACAUUGUUCUAUUAGAUUACUUCACAAAGUAUACUUUUCAAGAUACGUGGAGAGAUCAUGAUGUCCACGGAUUGUAUUCAGAUGGAAGUACUAGUCAAGAUAAUUCUACGUUCGGGUCUUGGCUUGUAAUGAAUACUAAGGAUACUUAUUUUGGUGGCCCACUUCAUUCGGAUUUGGCUGUUGAUGGUAUUGUAUACAAUUACAUUGGUAUGAAGACUUCCUCAAGAACUUCUAUAUGAUCUAAUACUUUCAACUCUCAAGUCUCAAAUCAUCACGGUGACGGAACUCCCAACAUUACAAAUGGAUUUGACCGUACCUUUGGACCAGUAAGCUAAAUCAUAUCUGAGAGAAUAUCAUAUCUGAUUUCAUUUCAAGCAAUAUUACUACUUCAACAAAGGCUCGCCUACAACAUCCAUGGAAGAACUCCGCCAAGAUGCAAGACAAUUCUACUCCCCAACUUGGAAUACCGAGUUCUACGAUUCAAUCGCACAAUACAUACCAAACUACGUCCCAUCCUCAGGAAGAACAACCUGGAAAGCUCACGUCGAUCUACCCUCGUGCGCGAUCAAGCCCCUCGCAGUUCUCGCUCAAAACGGUACUGUACCUCCACCCCAAUUCCAACCCCCAAUUUCAAUCCCCAAACCUAACCAAACCAGGCGUCGACUUCCAAGACAACACUCUCGACACAAAAGCCUACCAAUACUGGGCCGAAAUUGACCCCACCACCGGCCUCGUCACCAUCCCCUCCGUCAAGGCAGGAACCUACCGUCUAACAAUCUACGCCGAUGGCAUCUUCGGACAGUACAUCAAAGACGACAUCGUCAUCAUCGCAGGAGAAACGCACACCACCCACGCCCGCUGGCGCGAAGAAACAUCCGGGCAGGAAAUCUGGCGCAUCGGCGUCCCUGACAAAAGUAGCGGGGAAUACCGACACGGGUAUGAACGCGAGGAGUCGAAAGUCCUAAAACCAGCCCAGUACCGUAACUACUGGGCCGUUCAUGAUUUCCCGACUGACUUUCCCGAUGGCGUGACUUUCACCGUUGGCGAGAGUGAUGUUGGGAAGGAUUGGAAUUACGUGCAUUGGAGUACGUUUGGGGGGUAUGCGAACUCGCUACGCAGGGAGCCGUGGUGGGAGAAUGUUAAUAAUUGGACGGUGCUUUGGGAUAUGGAUGAGGGGAUGGUGGAGAGGAAGAGGGAGGCGACAUUGACGGUGCAGCUUGCGGGGGCGAAGACGGCGGCGGGGAAUACGGAUGUGUUUAAUGCUUCGGAACCCCAUGCGAAUUUGGAGUUUGUUGUGGUUGUUAAUGGGCAUAAGUUGGUCCCUUGGGUUAUUCCGUAUGUUUCUUCUCCCUUCGUCUCUUUUUCUUCCUCUUGUUUUACUCCCGCUCUCAUACUCCCUCUCCCACAGUGUUAUAACAACAGCUGACGUCUUGCCCAUGCGCUAGAUACUACCACAGCUCCUCCUGCGCCGUAAGAUCCGCAGUCAUCUGCUACAACAUCGCGCAUAAAUUCUCUUUCGAUCCGUCCUUUCUGGUGCAAGGCACGAAUGAGAUGGUGUUGAGUUUGCCGGCUAAUGCGACGGAUUAUGAGAGUGCGGUUCUGUCGCAGAGUGUUUAUGUUCAGUAUGAUGCGUUGAGGUUGGAGGUUGUUUGAUGUUGAUGGUGUUUGGUAUACUUGGCUUGUUAUGGCAUCUAUGAGUACUGGAAUAUGGGAUAAGAAAGGUAAUAGGGGGAGAGAAUAUACGUGGG